CCUGGACACAACGUCCUCACGAAGAUCAUCUGCGAUACCGCCUCAUCCACAUCGUGUCCUGACACAAUGGGCGGCAGAAAGAUCACCGCAAAGUCAAUCAAGCGUAGAGGCGCUCCCACUCACCCCCGGUCCCGGAGGGCAAAGCAGCUGGACCGGGUCGCAUUGCGGGACGUCAAGCUGGCGCAGCGGAGAGUUGUAAGGGAUCGUUCAGUGUCUUCAAGAGUACAACGCAUCAUCAAUCUCACCCUACUGCUGCCGGACGACUGGGAAUGUCUGCCCGACCUACCAGCUUUGCAUGCUUUCAUGAAUGAGUCAUAUCUCGCUCGCCACGACGAUGAGCUGAAGCAGUUGCAAGAGGCCAGGCGAGCUGGGCGCCCCCCAUCAAAGCAUGAGGUGGAGCUAAAGGACCUGAUUGAGGCGGAGAGGAGGGAUUACAACGAGAACAUGGAGAUUCCAGAUCUAUUAAACGCUACAAACGUCGCUCUUCUGAGAGAAUGGAGCGGAGAUUCGCAGUCGCUGGGCCUCUUCAGGCUGGUCAGAAUCAGUGGGACCAACCGCUCCCAAUACGUGCGAACCCAGGAUGGAAGGCACAAAGACUUCGAAGCCGAGGACAAGGCGGAAGCAGCUGCCAAGAGCGAGGGCGCCAUGGAGGUUGCCUAGCUCAGGGCUCCUCAGAAGAGUCUCACCCAUACCAAUUAACAUGUUGUAUCAUAGAUUACUGUCACAAUGCCAAAGUACCAAACAUGAACCCGAC